AUACAGCGAUGGGUCGGGUGCGCGGGCCAGUUGAACGCCAUGCUGCUCCGCGCUGCGACCAGUGAGGGUGGGCAGCGGGUGCUCUGCGUCGCAGCGGUGUUCGUCCUCAUGACGCUGCCCCCCGGGCUCGAGGGGUGCUGCUGCCGCGACCCCCACCGCCGCGGCAGCGACAGCAGCGACCACCACGACUCGAGCGCCGCGUCCAGCGAGGAGGACGCCCUGGCCAGCGAGGACGCCAGGAUCCAGCGCUGCGUGAGGACGGCGGCGCCGGGGGUCCUCGCCGCGGGCGGCUACGAGAACCUCGCCAAGGUUGAUGCCUGCGCCGCCAGGGGCACGGACGCUCUGGCGGGGGGCGCGGCGCCGCCGGCCGCGGCCGACGCGGUGGCGGCCUGCAUCGACGGCCAGGGCCUCCCGCCCUCCGUGGCGCCCGUCGCCGCCGACUUCGUGGACUGCGUACGGCGCGCCCUCACGUGACCCGGGCAAGAGCGGAGUUUGGCGCAGAGAUUUGUUCGCGGGGUGAAGGAGAGUUUUCUCAUUAAAUUAUGGAGUGGAAAUCGUUUGA